ACAAUAUAAAUGUGUGAAUUUAAUGCAACAUGUGUUUAACUAGAAUGAACUAUUUUCAUCACAGAACGUGAACGCAACAUUUAAAUCCCUCCCCGGAUUUGACAACACGCACGCACCUUCUGCUUGUAAACAGAAGCUCACACGUGACGCCGAGAGCCCGAGCCGAGUCGCGCGACCGUCCGUCCGCAUUGUCUGCGAGCGGACAAAGAGCGACACCGCGAGCUUCUCUUGAGCGCGAGGUGAGCUGGGCAGGUGUCAUGACAACCGUCGUUAUGAAGACGUUUAUAUCGCAGUUCGUUUCAACUUCUUCGUGUCUGAAUCCCGAAUCCGACCGUUUGAUGGGAAAACGACGCUAGCUGCGUUUUUCGGCCGCUCGCACACAGCUGGCAGCGGCUAAACAAAGCUGGAAAAGCCUUUGUUUCACCUUUUAUAACGGCUAAUCCCUUCAGCUACGCUAUUUUUUUUUACUUUUAUAGCUAGCUUCUAACGUUAGGCAUCGUCAGCUAACGGUAGAUAGCCGUUAGCCUCGACAUCACAUCAGAAGCUUUUUUUUUUUUGCUAACGUUUAUCUGUUCUUUUUUUUACUGGCUGGAUGAGAUGUCAUUCACCAUGGAGGAUAACUUGGAGUCCGGAUGGGUGUCUGUUCGACCUAAAGUCUUCGACGAAAAAGAGAGGCAUAAAUUUGUUUUCAUCGUGGCCUGGAACGACAUCGAGGGAAAGUUCGCCAUAACCUGCCACAACAGGACGGUGCAGAGACGGAGCACUUUUCUGGACCCGCUGCUCGACUGUAACCCCGCCGUCGGCGCCUCCGUGGCGGAAAAACAAACAAAACGUCCCGUCGUGUUGAAGACGGAUGAAGCGUGCCAAGCCGGUAAAGUUAGACCGAACUGUGUCCCCAAAGGAAAGCCGUCAACAAAGGCUGUUGUUGGGGAGAAGAAGUCAAAAAUAUCCGACGGCUCCUGGGAUGUAGUGACACCCAGAGUGAUGGAUAUCGACUUCCUGGACGCCGUGGAUGUUUAUGAUGAUGCAGACGCUGGGGACAGUGAUAGCAGCGGCCGAGAGGACUUCAGCUGGGCCGGGCUGUUUUCCUUCCAGGACUUGAGGGCAGCCCACCUGCAGCUCUGCGCCGUCAACUCGGACCUGGAGCCGUGUUUACCGUCGUUCCCGGAGGAGCAAUCCGGCGUGUGGUCGGUGCUGUUCGGUGCCCCAGGGGUGUCGCAGCGGGAGACGGACACCCUGUGUUACCAGCUGCAGGUGUACCUCGGCCAUGCAUUGGACACCUGCGGCUGGAAGAUCCUCUCUCAGGUGCUUUUCUCCGAAAGCGACGACACCGAGGAGUACUACGAGAGCCUGAGUGAGCUACGACAGAAAGGAUACGAAGAUGCGUUGGAGAGAGCCAAAAGACGCAUGCAAGAGGUGUUGGACAAACACAAAGCCAUGGACAGCAUGGUGGAGCUGCUGCAGAUGUACCCUGAGGAGGACGAGGCAUAUGCAGAGCUGCUGGAGGCAACGACUCAGCUCUACCACUACCUGCUCCAGCCUUUCAGGGACAUGAGGGAACUGGCCAUGUUGCGCAGACAGCAGAUUAAGAUCUCGCUGGAGACGGAGCGCCUGGGUCCUCGCCGCGUAGAGAGCCUGAGGAAAGAGGACGAGGAGUGGCAGAAGAAGGCUCACACCGCUGUACUCUCCAUACAGGACCUGACUGUCAAGUUCUUUGAAACCACAAAUCGAGCACAGAAAGCUCUGUAUGAGCGGAUGCGUGCUGACCAGAGGAAGUUUGGCAAGUCGGCAUGGGCAGCAGCAGUGGAGCGCAUGGAGCGGCUGCAGUACGCCGUCUCCAAAGAAACUCUGCAGCUGAUGAGGGCCAAAGAAAUCUGCCUGGAACAGAGGAAACAUGGCUUGAAGGAGGAGAUGCAGAGUCUGCAAGGUGGAGAGGACGCCAUGCUGCGUCUGGACCAGCUGGAGGCGCUGUACUACGAGUUGCAGCUGCAGCUGUAUGACAUCCAGGCAGAGGUGCUGCGCUGUGAAGAGAUGCUGCUCACUGCUCAGCUGCAGAGUCUGCGCAGACAAAUGACAGAGCGACAGGAUGAGGUGGUGUACUAUGAUGCCUUCGAGAGCCCCGAUGCGAUGAAGGGCGUAGAAGACCCCGCGACCUCGCCGUCCCCCCUCAGAGAUGAAGAACUCAGCGUCCUGCAGCAGAGGACGCGACAGCUGGAGGCUCGCAGAGGACGCAUCACUGCCAAGAAAGUCUACCUCAAGAACAAGAAGGAAAUUUGUAUUGUCAAUCACAACCAGAAGAUACAAGGAAGCCAAGCUGACGGCAGCUCUCUGCAGCCACUGCAACAGGGAGGAGAAGCUGAGGAAGAUGACGAAGCCAAGCAAAAUGCCAGAGUGAGUCAGGAGAGGCAGAGAACUCUGGACAGACUUCGCAGCCUCAAACAGCGUUACCCCGGCCAGGUGACUCUGAAGUCCAGCCGCUUGCGUCUGAGUCAGACUCAUCCCCGGAGGAGAGCGGGACAGCAGCCCAGCACCCAGGCGGCCAGCGUCCAGACCGACUGCAUCUCCGACCUCCCAGAACUCUCCGCUCCUCCUCCGCCGGACGCCUGCGGCUGCGAGAGCGUCUCUUUACCCACGGUCGAACUCGAUAAUCUCGACUCUUCACCUCCCUUCCUCUCGCUGCCUCCUCUCUCAUCUUCCCCAUCUAUUCUCUCACUGGGUCCUCCUCCUCCUCCGCCUCCUCCCCCACCUCCCCCACCCCCUCCUCCUCUGCCACUUCCUCCCUCAGAGGACCAGCAGGGCGAUGGGAGGGAGAAUAAUCCCGCUGACGGCUCAGUGCUGCAGCUUAAAUGCGAGUCUGAAUCCUCCUCGCUACCCCUGGCUCCGUUUUCCCCUCGGUUCUUCGACAGCAGCCAGCUGCUGACGGCGAGGAAGAAGCUGAAGAAGACGGCGUCUCUGGACUCCUCGCAGUGGAGAAGAGCGAGCUCCCCCAUGGACGAAGUACUGGCUUCUCUCAAACGGGGAAGUUUCCACCUGAGGAAGGCCGAGCUGCGCGUCCUGGCCCCCGACCCGGACGACGACAGCAACAACAUCCUGGCUCAGAUCAGGCAGGGCGUCAGGCUCAGGAAGGUACGGACCCGGCCGGAGCAGCAGCAACACGCCAAGACCUUCCCCCACUCCGCCGACGCUUUGACCCGCAGCAUCCACGAGGCUCUGAGGAGAAUCAAAGAGGCUUCACCAGAGUCCGAGUCUGAGGACGAAGGCCUUCCGUGCACUGACUGGGAAAACUAGUUUGGCUUAAUGGAAGAGUUAAACUUUCUCUUUCAUGGACGUGUGGAGCCAAAACGAAGAGAAAACGACCCGAGUCGAGCAGACAAACCAGGGUUGAAUCCCCUGCAGAUACCUUGGUGCAAUUUGAACAAAAAAAAAAACCUUCAUUUUUUUAUAUCAGAAAACUGCUCAGAGGUAUGUUUCGUUUUUUUGUUUUUUUACAUACUUCUGCGUGUUGUUUGUAAAGACGGACCACUAAUCUUUUUUUUUUUUAUGUCGUUGCUGUGGCAUUCUUGGCGAGGAUACAACCUCUGACCUCUCAUUAUGUCUCAGUCCACACGUCGGAGUCGUACUGUAGUUUGCUGUGAUGGGUUUGUUUUAGGAAGUGAGUUUGUUUUUUUUUAAUUUUUACAUUCCUCUCACUUAACUCUUCACUGAAUCCGUUUGCUCUACACUUUCACAUUACUCGUACUGUAAUAUUUCAGUGCUGAAAGACGUCUAAACGUGUACACAGAACGGAGACGAGCUGUCACCAAAAUUCAUGGUUUUCAUUUUCAUCAACGUGGUGGAAAGAAAUCAACCGUUUUUUUUAGCAUUUUUUUUACUUUUCAAAUGAUAUCUACGUAAAUAAGAGUAAAGUAUGAUAUAACAAGAGGAACAGAUUUUGGAGGGAGGAUAUAAAACUCAAGUUUAAAUCUCCGUCGUCUAGUUCAGAAGUUUUCGGAUGCAGUUAUUUACGUAAAAACUUCUUCUUUAAGCCAUAAAACACACACACAUGUUUUUAGAUUCAGAUAAAUAUCAUCAUCUCUAACAUGAGCAUGAAUAAACGUCUAAACGCUCCGCUCAUAGAGACUGAGGACUAUCUCCCAGGUUUGGUUGUUAAAACUGGGUGGAAACAAUUAGAGAGUUUAAAACAUGCGGUUCACAAACUGUAAGGGACGUAGGUUUGUCAGCGGCUUUUCUUCCAGCUGUUCAAACAACUACGGUGCAUUUAGAAACCUCCAGACUCCAGCAGGCGGAGAUCUCCGAUCGUCUUGUAUCACGAGACUGAAACAUCCUAAAUCUGCUUUAGAAAUGAUAGAAAAAAAGAUGUUUCUUAUAUCUGCAGAACCUUCCCGAGAAUCAUCACGUUUUGAAGUUCUCGUCAGUAUCAGAGUACAUCAGUGGGUACGAUGCAAACAGGGACUGAUAAAAGCAAAUUCAACACACUUUUAACGGCACAAAAAAUGUAAACAAAUAUAUCGGCUAAAACCCAUUAAUAUUAACUUUAUUUAUGUUGCACUGAUUUAUAGAAGUUUAUAUUCCUGGAACACUGACACUCUCUGGAAGGACCAUGGAGAAAAAAUAACUAAUUUAUGCUCUCGAUUGAAUGAACCUUCAUGUCGUUCUGUGUACAGUUUCACUAUGGAUCACUGGGAUUUAAUAAGGUUUUAUUUGAGAUCCCUCAUAAUAUAUAACAGACUUUUUGGCUGUAAAAACUUUUGCGCUCCUGCAGAUGUCAACCAGUUCAUAAAAACUCAACAUACAUACAUAUAUACAGUAUUAACAGUACACUUAUACUCUCUUCAUUGAGAACGCUUCCUGCUGCCUCGGAUCCAGCUUAGAUCAAUAACUGAUGUUACAGGAGAAACAUCUUCAUCACUUUCUGCUGACUGAAUGUUUGCUGAUCUCUUAAAGAGGAGAACAGGUUAAAUUAGAUAAACUGAGAGCACAAAUUAGUUGUUUUUUUCUCUCCAUGACUCCUCCCAUCCUCCAUACUCCUCCAUCCAUUAAUAUAUGGAUAUUUCCAGAAUCUAAAACUGGUUGGGUAGAUGUCGGGGGGGUCACAGUGUCAGACUAGUUUAACAGGCUGCAGCUGAUAGAACUGCAGCAUAGAUAUACAUAUAUAUAAUAUAAUAUGUCAGGAUCAGAUCCAAAUAAACGGUUUACCUGCAGCUCAAACAGCAUCAGACCUUCAUCCGCUCGUCUCAGCUGGACGUUAACGAACAUUAACGACGUGAGAAGAAGCAGCUUAACGAUACAGAGAUUUUUCCAGACGUUAAUGAAACCGUCUCUGGAAACAUCAGCACACAAACAGCUGUUUGAAGAAUUAUUGAUAAAUAAUUAUCUGCUGUGCGUCCUCUACUUGUCCUCUUCAGACGAUGCUGUUAACACCAGGUCAGUAUUUAUGACACUUUUAUAUAUAUUUACAUUUAUAUUCCAGAAAUAUAAAUGAUUACUUGAUUCUAGCUUCGGUAGUCAGAUGGAUAUAAUUUAAUAUUUUAAUAUAUAUGAAUAAGAUUCCCCCCUUAAUGAAUUGUAAUUAUACUGCGUUAUUCCCUGCUGUUUAAUUACUCUUAAAAGACCUUGAAAGUGUUUCAGAAGGAUUUAAAUCGAUUUAAUGGAGCUUUAAAAUGAUUCAGCUCUAAUCUAAUUAAUUUAAUUUUCAAUUACAGGUUAAUUGUUUAAGUCGUUUUUCAAGCAGAAACUCAAAAAUGAUCCGUAUGCUGCUUUUGUCUAUUUUAUAUCUUUGUAAACUGAAUAUUUUGGGGUUUAAGAUUAUUGGUUGAACAAAAAAAAGACAUUUGAAGAUGUUUUCUUGAGCUUUAGGAAAUUCUGAUGGGCUUUUUUUCACAAUUUCCUGACUAAUUAUGGACUAAAUGAUUAAUUGAUGUUAAAAAUAACCAACAGUUGUGGCUCCAGUUAUGAUUAAGUUGUUCAUGGGGUUUUUAAAAAUAAGGUGGAAGUGGGGGAAUGUAUAAGACGGCUCCCUAUCAGUGUUUUAAAGCAACUUCCUCUUAUUUAAAAUACAUUAAACACACACACACACACACACACACACAUAUAUAUAUAACUUUAAAAGCUUUUAUAUGCAGCUCAUGUAGGGAUCAGUUCAGCUGAAGUCUGAUGCUUCGUCGCCCUCUGCUGGUUAACAGAUGCUGCCUCCUGCUCUCCAGACCCGACAACAUCUGGAUCAUAUCUCAUGUUUAUAUUUAUUUUACAGAAACCUGUUUGUUGUUUUACUGUUUAUUUUUUACCUGAGAGAGUCUUUCUUUC